UUGAAGGUUGUAUCGCAGGUCUUGGCAUUCCUUUGCUUCCAACAGGAGCUGGGAUACAGGAUCUAUAGACUGAACUAGUGGAUAUGCCGGAAACAAUCACAGAUAUCCUGAUCUAUGCGCUGGAGAACAUCAGCAAAGAGUCUCUAAAAAACUUCAAACGGAAACUGUCAUCGUUCAAUGUACAAUCUCCCUAUAAGAAAAUACCCUCAAGUACAUUGGACGAUCAAUCAGCAAAGGAGGUAGUUGACUCCAUUGUACGGUAUUAUACCACCAGUGAUGGAGCCGAUAUUACUGAGAAGGUUCUGUGGGAAAUCAAUGAGCGCCAAAUCAGUCAGGACCUAAAUAAGAAUAUAGCAUCUGCAAAAAGGGUUCAAGUGGAGAAGACACCAGGGAAGGGUUUAGCUGACAAGCUGAGAGACAGAACAAACAGAACGUCUUCUCCUACCCGUUUUAGACAACACCAGAGACAGAAAUAUGGAAAGGAGAAUCUUCUGAAUUCUGAGAAGUCUUCUCAUUCUGAGACAGAACCAACACAACCUAGAAAUGUACGGAGGCUUCUAAACAUGAGCGGAGCAGAGAACAAGGGUCGAAGAUCCUCAACUCCCAGACAUCUGGGGAGACAAUGUCAACCUGAUAUACAACUGGUUGACCUGACGGAUACUGAUAUUGAACUUAUGGUUAAGAACCAUGAAAAGAAGGUGGAAACAUUUGCCCGUUAUGUGUUUCAACACUUGGUACCCUUUGACAUUUACCAAAGCUGGGUCAAAAACACAAAUUUUGAUGGCUGUAGAGGGAAAGUUGCCCUCCCGGGUAACUUGCGAGAUGCUAUAGUAAUGGAAGUUGGGAAAGAAUUUACUUUAAAUAAAGAAAAUAAAAGAAAAAUUAAAAACACAAUCAAUGAACUCUUGAGGAACCAAAGGCGUGGUGGAUGGCCCAUACUGAUAUGAUCGGCUGAAUCUACACAGACCCAGUAUAGAGAGUAAUGAAAACAAUGGGGGGGAUUCAUGAAAACUGCCUAUAGACAAAUCUGUCAUAGCGCCCACAGCACAGCUUUGUCUGGUUUACUGUUACUCCAUGUUCUCGAAGCUGUGGAAAGGUUGGCCAUGGUUUUGGAUAGAAUUGUACUGGUUAAAAAGUCAUGCAAAAUAAUGGCAAGGAAACAUAUGAGAAUGGAGUGCACGGUCAGGCUGUAAAUGUACUUGUCCGGUACAUCCAGGCCGGUUUCAUGUGAAUUUGUCAUGGAUUUUGCUGUGGAUUUCUGGCAAAUUUCAACCUAUACAUUUUGUAAAUCCACAACAUAAAUGGACAUGCUGUAAAAUCGGCACGGUGCGCUCUGCGCAUUUCAGUGGCUGCGCCCAGUAUUGCUGCUCUCAGCAGUUUAUUCCCUUUUACGUGAAGAUGAUGGAGCUUCUGUACCACAUACAGUCACUACAAA